AUGGAGUUCAUCCCCCAAUCAGACUCCCGAUCCCUCACCGACGCCCAACAACCCAAGAACGUCUACCCUUGUCUAGCUCAUAUCCACAUUAUCCCUCACUCCGACCCUAAAGCUACCAGGAGAUUAUCAACCGGCUCAUUCGGGUCUGACGAAGGUAAUGCCCUUACCAGGGUGAUCUCAGGAGGUAGAAGGAAAUCUACCGAUGUUUCUAACCCUCCUCCUCCUGCAGGGGGAAGAAGAUUGUCUUUUGGACAUAAGACUACUGAGAGUGGUUCUACCCCUGCUACGGGUGGGGCAGAGGGUGAGAUUCAAGGUAAAUGGUAUUGGAGGGUUCAAGCUGGAGUGACAGAGACCCAUCUCGUCCUCUUACCACUCACUCAACCUCCCAAUCCCGUACUCACCACCCCUCCCGCUCCCCUCUCUCACGCUAUGCCCUCUCACUCCACGCAAGCUUCGGCCGGUAUCAGAUCCGAAUCAGGCCAAGAGGAAGACGGAGGUCUUAUCGGUAAGAUGAAGAACCUCUUCAGACGAUCUUCGACCACUCAAAGAGACACUAGCGAGACAAUCAAUACCGAUGCGGGAUCUACACCUCACGCUCAGACCGGAGUAGUCGACACGACUACCAGUGGAAGUGCUGGUUUCGGCAGCGGAGCCGGUAAAGCGGAAAGGGUAAUUGAUCAAACACCAAAGGGAGAGAUGUUACCACCUGCUAAAGGGAAUGAGAUUGGUGCGACUAAUUUGAACCAAAAUGCCGAACUUGGUUAUCCCGGUGUGAUCAAUGGAAGUAAACUCUCUGGAGUGCUCGUACCUCUAGGUGCGAUCGAUAAGAGCAAGAUUGUAGUCGGAGGCGGAAAAAAGGGUGAAGGUAGUUGGAUUACUGUACCUAUCCUCUCACACUUCUCACACUUUGCUCAAUCAGCACUUGGUGAGAACGCCCCGACCAACAAGAAUGAAUCAUACCCUAAAUCGGGUUACAUCAAAUUUGAGUUUGACAAAGAUUGGAUUGGUGCCAAGGGCGAAUGCGAACUCCUCCACCACCAUCUGACACACGCCAUCUCAGUCAUACCCGAAUCGAAAGAUCGACAACCUCACCUCGCUCAAUUCCACUUAGGUGGCGGAGGCAAGCAUUCUCCAACUCUACCUCAAGCUAGGGAAGUCGGUCCCAAUGACGAAUCUGCUAUUGAAGAAGACGACGAAGGACCUAAGGGUACUGGUAUUGGUACUGGUGAUUCAGCAUUCACAGGUACUGGUGCGGGUGUAGGUACUCGUGGAGCAGGUAUGGGAAUGGGAGGUGCCACUGCUGCCACUGCUGUUACUGGUACUGGAGGGGAUAUGGCAGCCGGAGCGACGGGUGAUCAAGGUAUUGCUUUAGGUCAUCCUGUGGCUGGAGCUGGUCAUGCCAGUGAAGGUGGGAGUAGCGUAAGUGGUAAAGUAGGUGGGGAGUGA